GUUCGCUGACAUGACGUAGGUACAUCCUGUAACGCGCGGUUUCGUGUCCUUCUCUGAUUCGACGACGGCAAAGCGCCGUAUCUGCUUCUUUACCUGUAUUUUAUCAAGCCGUAUUCGUGCUCUAGUAUUUGAGUUACGUUUACGUAUAAUUGGCUGGUAACCUUAUCAAAACAUACAAUAAUCAAAGAACUGACUAAUACACAAGACGUAUCGCAUUAAAGCCAAGGAAUUCUGACCAUUAAGUUGCCGGUCCUUAAGCGAAAAAGACGUUUAAAAAGUUAUAGUCUCCCAUCAGUUAUAACAUGCUUCCGUCAAUUGUAGUACUUCUUGUUAUCGGAAUUGCAGCUGCCGAAGAUUGCAAAGGAUGUGUUUCUUUGGAUUCUUAUUCCUUUGACAAGGUGAUACCGAAAUUCAAAGCGGCAAUUGUUAAAUUCGAUGUGGCAUUUCCGUAUGGAGAGAAACACGAACAGUACGCGCAAAUAGCUGCAGGGACGAAAGAUUCUCAUGAUCUAUUGGUUGCUGAAGUGAGAGUGAAGGAUUAUGGCAAUAAAGAUAAUUCUGAUCUUGCCGCUCGCUAUAAAAUAAAGUCCAAAACAUUCCCCGCUGUUCUUUUAUUUCUUCAAGGAAAAACAGAACCAAUUCCAUUCGUUGCAGAAAAAGAAACUGAUUUUACCGCGGAUAGUAUUAAGCGAUUUAUUAAAAUGAAGUCUGGAAUAUAUCUUGGUCUCCCUGGUUGUGUGGAACAAUUAGAUAGACUUGCAGAGGAAUUCAGGACCAGCGGAGAAACGGAAAGGAAGGAGAUAUUAAACAAAGCUAAAGUCUUUGAAGGAACACUACCUGAAACGCAACGCGCUGCCGCAAAAGUUUAUGUUAAAACUAUGGAAAGAAUACUAGAAAGAGGAGACGUUUUUGUUCAAACAGAACAAACUAGAAUAGAGGGCAUAUUGAAAGGGAAAUUAUCAAAUGAAAAGAAACGCACAAUGGAAGAAAAACGUAAUAUCCUCCAUUCUUUCUUAUACAGAGACGAAUUAUGAAAAAUUACCAUCGUACAGUAUUAUAAAUUUUGUUAUGUAUACUUUUGUAAAAAUAGUGUCAUAUUAAAAUCAAAUAUCCACUGAUCGUUUUAAGUCCAAUAUCUUACAGCUCAUUUUUUAUAACUUAAAACGAUACAGGUAUUAGUCUGUACUGCAUACAUUCCAAUAUUUCAGACUGCAAUUUAUAUAAAUGUGAAAAGAUUGAAGAAAACGUUUAAAAGAAAUAAAAUAUUUAAAAGAUCA